UGAUUGCAGACUGGUAUGAAGGGGAACAAAGGAAAAGAGAACCAGAAACCCCAGAUUGUGGUACAGAAAGAGGAAAGUGGUGACGCUGAGGACAGAUUGUUGCCAGAAACCAGUGGGAUUACUGACAAGGAGCUGAGAUUGAGGUUAGUGGAGCUGGGAGAGAGUCCAGGUCCUAUCAGCAGGCACACCAGGCCCACCUACCUUCGGAGGCUGCGUCAUCUGUUACAGGAAUCAAGCUACAAAUCACAGGAUGACCAGAAACAGACAGACCAGCCACAAACAGAUUUCGAAUAUAGUCCAGAAUUACGACGGGUGCUGCAAACGUUCGAGCUGCCUGGUUGCCAGGAUGACGAGCAGGCUUUGUGUCAGCAGUUUGACCAACCAGAUCAGAACAGGAAGUGGAGGGAAGGCGUCAUCAAAUCCAGCUUCAACUACCUGCUGCUGGACCCAAGGUUGACAGAAAACCUCCCGUUCCGGAGUCACACCAUGACUUCACAGGAAUGUUUCCAGACUUUUAUUCGUGCUAUAUUUUAUGUUGGCAAAGGAAAACGCUCUCACCCCUACAGUCACCUGUAUGAGGCUUUAGAGUACUAUAAAGGAGAAAAAACGUGCAAGAGACUGUGUCCCAAAGUGCAGCACAUCCUUCAGGUGUGGAAAGCAGAGAAGGGCGUCAUCUCUCUGCAUUGUUUCCAGAAUGUUAUUCCAGUGGAAGCUUACACAAGAGAGGCCUGCAUGGUGGAGGCCAUCGGUGAGUACAAGGAAGGUGAAACUCAUCAGAUGAUAUCAGUGUUGUAUCAGCGAUGUGAAUCCACAGGACAACUCAUGUUUAAAUAUCCAGUCCCCCUUUUUUGCAUUUAUGUAAAUAGUGUAAAUGGUGGGAUUUCAUUUGUCGUUCUCUGUGCCAUGUUGAUUGGUGUCCCUCUAGUGGACAGAGGAAGUCUUUAA